GAUAGAUUGUUUUGAUUUGGUAGCCAUUUUGGUGCAAAGAAAACAAAACUCAAAAGAAAUCAACGCAAUCCUCUGCUUUUGUAAAGGAGAGCGUAAUAUUCAUCACCCAGUUACAUACAUCAUUUAUUCAAUAACACGCUUUUUGUGAUAUUUUGCUUCAUACUCGUCUUGAAAUUACCAAUUUAAGCAGUUGAAGUUGACUAUAUUCUGAUGGCUUGCGGAGCGACGUUGAAGAGGAGUUUGGAUUUUGAUCCGCUUCAUAGCCCUGGUCAGACUACUCCAAAGAGAAGGAGAUGUGCACCUAUGAAUUUGUCUCCAUCAACACCACCCAGACAUUCUCAGCCUUCUCCUUUUGGCGAAGUCAAUCCGAAACUAACUUCAGAGCAAAUAGCUGCUAAUUUGACGAUGGAAAUACGUCGUCUACAGAAGAGGAAACAGCUGCAUUUCCCACAUGGCAGUGCAACUCUAUCACCCCCAAGUAGUCCAAGCCAGUCAACCUCCACAGAUAAUGUGCCGUCACCAUCAGCGAUGGAUAGUUCUAGUGUUCAAAGUCUAGUACAGUGUAGUUCAAACAGUCUAUUUACUGCCCUAUCUCCAAACAAACGUGACAUUCCUUUGUUCACAUUUAAACAAGUGAGCAUGAUAUGUGAAAGGAUGUUGAAAGAAAGAGAAUCACAGAUCCGUGAACAGUAUAACAGUGUUCUAACAUGCAAAAUGGCAGAACAGUACGAGGCAUUUCUAAAGUUCAACCAUGAUCAGAUCCAGAAAAGAUUCUCUGCAGAUACUGUAGCCAGUUAUGUAUCAUGAAAAGAUGUAGUGGUAGAUUGAAUACAUGGAUGCAGUGUCAGUGACUGAUUGUGGACAGAUCAAGGAAUACAAGCAUUUAUCAUCUGUUAUAAUUGUUCUUCAGCACAAGUUGUUACAUGUUUUUACAAGUUUGUCAUAAGUUAGCUUUUGAUGAUUGUGUUGGAUGUUUUCACCCCAGAUCUUAGUUCUUAUAUUCUUUUUACCAAGUUUUGCUUGAGGUGUAUAAUUGAGGGAUUAUGCUUCCAGUUAGAAGUGUCAUCAAUUUUAUCCACAUUUUUUCCCCCUGGAUAAGUACAGGUACAUGCAUGCUUGAUGCACUGUUCUUUAAAUCAAGUAGAAUACUUUGGGGAUUGUUAAAAAUGGUUUUGUUUUUAACUGAUACUUUGACAGUAAUGGUUAUCUUAACAGUAUUUGAACAGCAGUUGCACCAGUGGUUUGCCAAAAAUGUUCUUGAUUUCAUUUCGUGGGCAGAACUGAAUACUGUUUUAGUAGUCAGGGAAACAGUUUUCUUUUUAUCCCUCAAUUUGAUAUUCUCGGUUCUUUCAUUUUCUAUUUAUCGCAACUUUUAAUUUAAGAAGAUAAAUUUAUCAUUUAGAAAAACUAUUUCGAGGGCUUAGAGCGAAACUAGUCUAUAUAUAUAGAAAUAGAAGCAGAUAGGCCAGUUUCGCUCUAAGCCCUCGAUUUGUACAUAGGAUUAUUGUGAUUAUUUUAUUAUAUUGUAAACUCACUUGCACAUGAAAAUACCAGUAGUAUUUCAUUUCAUUGUUUUUGCAUACCAUUUAAUGUGUACAGAAUUAUAUUUUGUGUUUAACUGUGUAGAGUUUGAGCAGAAAGCUUUAUAUUUUGUUGUAGGCUGGUUCAUUGUUUUAUUUGAUACCCAGCUAAGUAGCUGUAGUAGGUUUAUAAAUUAUGUUAAUUUUUUCUGUCAUAUUUAACAUUUUAGAUAGAUAAAUGUAGAUGUUCUUAUUUAUAUUUAGGAAGAUUUAGCAUGUUAUCAAGAUUGUGCUAGGAAUAUAUUGUUAUUACUGUUACCUUACAGUAUCUUGUGUGUUUGAAGUGAUGACAGAAAGCAUUUUACUUUUUAAUAAUGAUGUGUUUUCCAUUUUUCCUUCUUUUUUAUGAUAAGAUUAUAAGUUUUUAAGUUAACACUGUUCUAGAGUGAAAUUCUUAAAUGUAAUGAUAAUGGUUUGUUUUACAGUCAGUCAUAACUGAAAGUGGUUUCAUGUAUUUAUCGUGAAAAAGUAUGAUUUUCUGCACCAUUAAAGAUUGUGUAUUUUACAGCUUUUAUCAUUGUCCAGUGGGUAUUGUUUUAUGUGAUCUAAAAUUUGCAACAGGACAAAUUUUACUUGUUUAUAUACGGAAUAUUUUUGGUAUUUAAAUGAACAUGGGUGCAAAGUGGAAAAUAUUUACAUUAGACCAAGAAUAAUGUACAUUUCGAAAUUUUCCUGCCUAUGUAAGAAUUCAAAACAAGUUAGAAAUAAUUGUUAUUGCAAUACCCACCAGUAUUUGCUUUACUGUCAGCUUCAGGUACAAUUGCAAUACCUUAUGGUAUUUGCUUUUCUGUCGACUUCAAAUAUAGAUGAAAUAACUACCUAUAUUUGCUUUUCAAUCAUGUUUGGAUACACUUGUUUAAUUCCUACCUGUAUUUACUUUUCUGUCAGCUUCAGUUUAGAUUUAAGUUUUAGAUGAUGUAUGGUAUAUGUAGUCAUGUAUUUUUUGUACUUUAUUUGACAUUGUGUACAUAAUGAUAUGCAUAGAAAAUGCAAUUUGAUUUUAAAAAUCCUAGAUGUGUCUGUGUGUGUGAUUUGAAGCUUAUUGCACUGUUUCUAAAUCAGCAUCUUCAUAAUGAUAUUUUCUUCUGAAAGUGUACAUCAGUUACCAUAAUAAUGAAGUAAAAUGUUCACUAUAGCAAAAAUUACUUGUCAGAAAGAAAACGAUGUACAGUGAAAAACUGUAUGCUCUAGCACCCAUGGUUUGAGCAGUUGGGCUUGCUUCAGCAAUUCAUACUGUCCUAUGUUUGGGAUGCAUGUAUUCCUAGUUGAGGUCAUAAGAUCAUUGUUUUACUGUAUGCAGUUAACUUUAUAAAAAAAAUAGUUGCAACAGGUGUUACCCAUAAAUUCUUGUGAUAGGAAAAGUAGACAGCAUGUUUUUGUUCACUCCUGAAGAAAUAAUUUUUUUAUAUUAAUUACACCAUAUUGAUUUUCCUCAAGAAUUGACCCGCAAGUCUUUUUUAAAAAAAAACUUUAGUGUUCUUUGUAAACUAUUUAAAAUAAACUAGUAUAUAAUAAUUACUAAAUCUAGUUCGAUGGGGAAAAUAUCAGUAUGAAGAUGGUUGUUUUUUUUUUUACAAAGAGGAAAUACAUACUGUGAAAUUAUUAAAUUCGUAAGGGACUUAUUUUUGGUGUAAUGUUAAUCCAUAAAACCAAAUACCAAUGAACAAUCAGAAUUGAGGACAAUUUCCGAUUUACCUUUCAAAAAAGAAAAUGCCGAUGAUUUUUUGUCUCGUCAAAACAGCUUUUCCAAAUGUAAGUUGACGAAAUAUGACGAUUUCACAGGAUAGAGGAGACUGCAUGAUUGUAGCAGGAAGACUUGUGCAUGUUGUCAACAUUGUAAAUAACCAUUAUACCAUCAUAUAAUCUGCUCAUUUCUUUGUUGUAUACAAAGAUACAGAUAUUAAGUCUUUCAUUUAUCAUUUCAUGUAUUUAUCUGUCCAGUUUAAAACACUUCAUAGUUCUGUAUACCAGUUAUUAAUAGUACACUGUUUAAAUGAAUAGAAACAUUUUUGACCCAUUUUUAAUCUCUUCAUUUUGUUCAUCCAUUCUAGGAAGUUUUAUUUGGUUUUAACUUCUAUGAAGUCAGAGAGAAAAUGUUAAUACUACCUUAUUAUAAAUAUGUAAUUUGGUGCUAAAACUGUGUGGUUUUUCUUAUGCUAAAUCAAACUGAAUAUUUCUCUUGAGGGAAGUCUUGUAGAGAAUAUAUUUUUGUCCCCUUUGUGCAAAAAAAGUGAUAACGGCUUAUUUAUGUCAGUGCAGUUAACCAUUUGUGCACAAAGGUGACAUUGUAAGUUUGUACUUUCGUAGAGAUAGUUUUCUACAAAUAGCAAAGUUAGCUCCCUUUGCAGCAAAUUGUGAUCAGUUUAAUAUUGCAUCCAUUUGCUUUGUCAGUAAAGCCUGUUGUGGUAAAGUAUUUCAAGUGUUGUGUAAUGCUUCAUGCAAGAGACAUUUUUAUUGCCUGUGUGAAAAGAUUACUGUAGUAGGAGAACACAAAUUCCUCAAAAUUAUCUAUAAUACCUCCAAGUUACUAGGAAAUUUCAUAUUAAAUUCUCUUAAACAUUGAUAAACUAAUGAAUAUAAUAUGGCAGGAAAGAAUAAAAAAUUUAAUUUUGAAAUUUUUAGACUGAAGCCAGUAUGCCUAUGAUGAAUUUCCAACAGCAACUGAUAGGAUUAAACACUUUAGCACAUGUAUUUUAUGAAAUUGCCUAAUUAAUCUGCAUGUACUGAUUUUGGUAUUUUUAUGUUUCAAGAAUAAACUUAAUAAAUUCAA